UUUAACGGCGGUGCUGAGACGUGACAGAGUUACCCAUCGACCACCUCGGUGCUCGACUGUCGAUGUCUGAGGCGCCCAGGCUUGAGUGAAAAAAAAAUCAAAGUGGAGAAGCGGAAAACGGCGCUGAGGGAGCAGAGUGGUGGGCGCCAAGGCAACAGAGUGUUUGUUUUGAACGUUUUAUUGUUUAAGGAGGUCCCUACAUGUCAUCUGCUCUGCCGGACCCAGCGUUAGAGCAGCAUUAUAAAGGACAUAAAGAUGUUAUUCUCAGCACUGAUUUCAAUCCAAAUAACAGACAAUUGGCAACUGGUUCAGCUGACACAUUUCUCAUGGUUUGGAACCUGAAACCAAAAGCCAGAGCCUAUAGAUUUGUAGGCCACAAUGAUGCAGUUUCUAGUGUUCAGUUUUCUCCAUCUGGAAAUCUUGUAGCUUCAGCUUCUUUGGACAGAACCAUCAGAUUGUGGACACCAAGCAUAAAAGGCGAGUCUACUGUGUUCAGAGCUCAUACAGCUGCAGUCAGAAGUGUUAACUUUUCCAAGGAUGGUCAACGAUUGGUUACUGCCUCAGAUGAUAAAUCUGUAAAAGUCUGGAGCGUUUACAGCCGUCGCUUCUUAUAUUCCUUAAUUGGGCAUACCAACUGGGUUCGCUGUGCAAGAUUUUCACCUGAUGCAAGACUUAUAAUUUCCUGUGGAGAUGACAAGUCUGUAAGGAUAUGGGACACAUUAAACAAGCAGUGUGUCAAUAAAUUCAUGGACAACAGAGAUUCUGCAACUUUUGUUGAUUUCAAUAUAAAUGGAACCUGUAUAGCAUCCUCAGGGGCUGACAAGACACUGAAAAUCUGGGACAUUCGCACAAACAAGUUAUUACAACAUUACCAGGUUCACAGGGCUUCAGUUAAUUGCUUCUCUUUUCACCCCUCGGACAACUACCUCAUCAGUGCAUCGUCAGACAAGACACUGAAGAUCUUUGACUUGCUGGAAGGAAGGCUUAUUUACACCCUGCAUGGCCAUAAGGGCCCAGUUUACACUGUUACCUUUUCUCGAAAUGGAGAAUACUUUGCUUCAGGGGGUGGAGAUACACAGGUAUUUCUCUGGAAGAGUAAUUUUGAUACAUUUAGCUCCAAGGAUAUCGUACAGGCACAGAGUAGAAGGGAAAACGCAAACCCAUCACUUAAUUUUCCAGAAAGCCGUCCCAGGCCAGCUCUUAUUCCUCUUCCAAAGUCAUCAUCCACUGAGAUCAAUCCCUCCAUUCGGAUGCUAGGCAACCAAAACUUGGAUUCUCCUUCUCGUGGUAUUGGACAGUCCUUGUUUUCAAAGGAAAGGGUGCUUGGAGAAGAGGGCAGUGUUCCAGCAUGCAGUGAGUGGCAGAGAGGUGUUCAAGUGUUGCGUAGUUCCAGGGAGAGGCUGCGAGAGGAUGAAGAAGAGUGUGACAGAAGUACAGAGAGUUCCUCUCAAGAAGAACGCAGUGGCGGCAUUCCAACAUCUCUUGUCAGCACAAUGGAAACUAUUGUAAAACAGCUAGAAGUGUUAACACAGACCAUUUCAGUACUUGAGCAACGAUUAACUCUGACAGAAGAUCAGUUAAUGGAAUGUCUUGAAAACCAGGCAAAAAUUGUACUUCAGGUUAGGCAAGCAGACGAGAAGGAGGGAGGCACUGGAUCCUCAUCAUCAUCCCAGUAAAUGUUUUUUAUUUCUCCCUGAAGUCAUUGUUUCUUCAGAACACCUGUUGACUUUUGACUGGGUUUGACUGCAUAUCAUUUUACCUGUUUGGAAAAAAAAAUCCUUGAGGUGCUCAGCUGUGUCUGAAGACGUUGGAUACUUGAAAAAAAAAUAGAUGAUGCUAGUUAUUUAAGCCAUAUUUGUUAUAUAUUUUUUUUUAAUCAUGGGCAGUUCCAGUGGCAGAUGGACUUGGCAAGCAGCUGCCUGAUGUUAUAUUUUCAUUUUGAAUAACCGCAAUUUUGCACUGUUUUUAUGUUAUUAAAAUGUAUAUUUCUAAAUA